AUGCCCGAAGGCUAUGCAUCUCGCAGGAAUGUAUCCUGCAAUACCGACGUCGAAUUGGACUGCGGUAAAACAUGGGGAGCGUUCCAUGCAUGCUGCCCGCUCGACACUUACUGUCCACCAAACCAGUCGUCAACUAAGUGUUGGAAAACACCGACGGAGCCCCAGGAGAAAAGAUGCGCAAAUAGCACUUGGAAUCUCUACUAUGCGUCCGACUUUUUCUGCUGCGACCAAAAACUAAGAGCCUUCAAGUGGGCAUCAAAUGGGUUUGUCGGCUGUGCAGACCCAAGCUAUGCAUUGGACGACGAGUUGGUUCAACUUUCUGUUGUUGCGUCUGGAACAGUGACUCCGACAUCCUCAAUACCUUCGACUUCCACUCCAGGAUCUUCAAUGUCGACAUCGGCAUCGGAAAGCAGGCAGACAACCGAACCAACUCCCUCAGUCAAGUCGCCACCAUCGUCGGGAACAAAUGUCGGGGCCAUUGCAGGCGGUGUUGUUGGAGGCGUCGCAGGAGUGGCCAUCAUUGCUGGAUUGAUUUGGUUCUUUCUGUUGCGGCGCUACCGAACGUCACAGAACAAUGAAUCGGCAACGCCCCUGCACGAGCUUCACGUCUCUCACCAAGAUGGCCCCAAAUGGGAGCCUUACCCCCAGGAGAUUGGAAAUAACUCGAACGAACACCAUGUCGUGGAACUGCCAGCACAUCCAUCACGUUGA